AUGGGACAAUGCCCUUUUUCCCAGAAAUCCCCCCACAUCGUCCAAGGAAACGCUGCACGUAGUCCAAAAGACUACGUGCAGCUUGAACUGAACUACCUUCCAGCACUGAGAACCAGCUACCCCAAGGAAAUCGUGAAAUGCCGUAACGGAAUCGUAAUCACACCAAAUCUGCCUAUAGAUGAGAAAGACAUAGUUGAGAAGCUGGAAGUCACCACCUCCGAGCAACAGACGUCUAAACUCUUUUCAACACUGAAGGCACCGGGAACAAAACAAAGAAACGUCGCUGCUAAUCCCCCUGAACCUUGA